GUUAUCAGAAUUUUGACAAAUUACUUGAUAAGAAAUGGUGAUGGUUUGUUAUUGAUAUGUUCAAUUACAAAUUUAUAUUAAAUCAUUAAAGCAGUAAAAGUAUUGUCAAACUAAAUACUUCGAUAAUGGAGGACGUUGCGCGUUUAGCGGUGGUCGAACAAACAAUAAAUGAUAAAGAUAAAUUUAAUAAAAUUCUUAUUGAACUUUUGCAACACAUAGAUAACAUUUUAGAAAAUCCCCACGACUUGAAUCAUCGAAUAUUAAGAAGUCCAUAUUUAAAGAAAGCUUUGGAAUAUGGAGCUUUCUGUGAAUAUCUGAAAUACGUGGGAUAUAAACUUGUGAAUCAUGACUAUAUAUACCCAAAAGAGCAAAGUCUCGGCAAAUUGAGAUUUGCUCAGUCUGCUCUCCAGAGGAAGAUAUCAAUCUGCUACGGCUCCAAGCAAGGAUUUGAGAUACAAAAGACUUCAUGUUAUAUGAAGAACAAUGAACAUUACUUGAAGCCAGUUUAUUUGGAAACAGGAGUCCCACUAUUCAACAGAAUAGAAAUGUUAUUCAACAAUGUACUGCUUUAUGAGAAAGAUGAUGUGCAGGACAAGGCUAGAGAAUUGAUUCCACUUAUCUCAUUAGAGCUAAGAGCUACCGAAAGAGUAAGAGAACAUCAGAGAAAGUUGAAAAUUGGUGAAAUCAAGGGCGACGAUUUGACGUUUGAAAUAGCUCUCUUAUACGAGCUAAUGGUGUGGUUCAAGUUUGAAUUCUUUGAGUGGAUAGAUAAACCGGACUGUGAGUUCUGCGGAGAAUCUACCGCUCUCUCCUCCAUUGACCAGAGGACGAUGGAGACAGAAUCGUGUACUGUUGAGGUGUUCAAAUGCACAAUUUGCGAGCGCGAGACGCUGUUCCCGCGGUACAACGACGUGCGCAGUCUGUUGCGCACGCGCCGCGGCCGCUGCGGCGAGUGGGCCAACUGCUUCGCGCUGCUCUGCCGCGCGCUCGGAUAUGACACGCGACACGUCUUUGACACCAACGACCAUGUCUGGGUCGAGGUCUUCGAUUAUUCGGCGGACAAGUGGCUGCACGUGGACCCGUGCGAGUGCAUAGUGGACGCGCCGCUGGUGUACAGCUGCGGCUGGGGCACGCGCCUCGCCUACGUCAUCGCGGUGUCGCGUGACGACCUGCAGGACGUCACCUGGCGGUACACUAUCAAGCACAAGCAGGUGAUGCGGCGCCGCACGCUGUGCGCGGAGUCUGACCUGGUGUGGUACAUGAUGUCGCUGCGCGGCGCGCGCCACGCGCAGCUGUCGCCCGCGCGCGUCGACUACCUCACCAAGCGCACUCUCAAGGAGCUCGUGCAGCUUAUGAAGGAAAGGGAGCCGAGUGAAUACGAGAAGAACGGGCGCAUGUCGGGCGCGCUGGAGUGGCGCGACGAACGCGGCGAGGUGGGCGUGCCCAGACACAGCUUCCAGUUCGUGAAGCCCGGCGCGUACAGCAUACACUACCAUACCGCCGCGGACGAGUACCGCGUCUUCUGCGACGGUAAAAUAGAGACCGUCAUCGAAUCCUACCUUGAAGGUGCUUACGACAACCAGCACAUCUUCAGGAAAGUCGAGAAAGACUGGAAGCAGGUCUACUUGGCGAGAUAUGAGCGCGAGGAGAAGGGUCAGAUAUCAUGGAAGCUGGAGGUGGAGUACGACGACCUGGUGAUGGAGGACCUGAUAGUGGUGGCGUUCUCUACCACCUUCGACGAUGGUGUGGUGCGCGGCUCCGUGCAGAUCGACAACGACCCACCGCAAUACUUCAGUGUCGACGGUGGGAUAAAGUUUUCGCGUCAAUUUAAAUGUGCGGUGGUGACGUGCGAGCUGAGCGGCGGCUCCGGCGACUGCAGGUACCAGCAGGCACAACUCUUCCGACAGAAAACCACCGCCAAAGAACCACUUUUCAAAAUAGUCACCAACGUCAUCUAUAAAACUAAUUAAAAAUGAUGUAAACCGAAAGUAGUACAUAUUAAUGGUGAAUUUCUCAUAAAAAAUUGGUAGAUGAUGGUAGAGAAGGGGAAAUCUAUCUGUCCCCUUCUCUGUCGUUAACACUUCCCUUUUUAUUUCUAAAUACAUCUAGAGUAUUAGUGAAAAUGAAAGUACAUUUUAAUAGAAUCGAUUACUGUAUGAAAUUGAUAUUUGUACAGUCAGCUACAUGUACAUUUACUAGACUUAAUUAAACUUGUAGCUUUUUUAAAAAUUCGUUUGUAGACUGUUGUUUGUAGACGUAGCCAGAUUAUUCACGAAUAUGCGAUUUUAUAUACCGAAGGCGUAUAAAAGAUUUUAAAGUCUAUCGCACAACAGGGAAUAUGCAUUUUUUUAAACGAUUCUACUUGUUAUGAAAUAACC